UACCAAGCCAGAAGGAGAAAUCAAAAUGAAGCUGUCUUCAUCAUCUUCAACACUUGUUAUUGCUAUGGUUCUGGCCAUGUUGCUGACGGCAACAUUAGCCCAAAACUGUGGAUCCCAAGUCGGCGGGAGGACAUGCGCCGGAAACCAUUGUUGCAGCCGCUGGGGGUAUUGUGGCCUUACAUGUGCCCACUGUGGAGGUGGGUGUCAAAGCAACUGCCACCCCGACUGCGGUAGUGCUCCCGUCAAGUUUGACAACGAAACCGACGUCGUCGUUAAUGCCAAACCUUGAUUUGGAUGGCGCGCGGUUCCGAUAUCAUUAAGAUCAAACAACGUAUGUACCGUGCAUAAGUUUGUUCUUAUAAGUUUAUGCCAAUAAUAAAUUGUGACAUACACAGAUCGAGACACUAGUAUAGUAUACCAUGUGAUCGAUUGUGUAUGUUAUGAGAGAAUAAUAAAGUACUGGUUUG